AUGUCUGCGGUCAUUGGCCAGGUCGAAGAUCUCAUCUCUCAGUCACUUGAAGCCCGCAAUAAUUCAUAUUCGCCCUAUUCACAAUUCCGAGUCGGGGCUGCCCUCCUGACCAUGGACGGCAGAGUGUUUCAAGGAUGCAAUGUCGAAAAUGCUUCCUAUGGUGGAGCUAUCUGUGCAGAACGGACUGCAUUCGUUAAAGCCGUCUCUGAGGGUUACCGUCGGUUUGUUGCCAUCGCUGUUGCCUGUGAUUACAACCGUUUUAUUACUCCUUGCGGAAUUUGUCGGCAAUUCAUGAACGAGUUUGGAAAAAAACUCGAAAUCUUCUUUGUAAACGAUGAUCGGACCUACAGACAAGCUGUUCUUGAGGAUCUAUUACCAUACGCUUUUGGACCAGAAGACCUUCAUGACAAAUAA